AUUCCACGCGACACCUCGCUCUCUCUCUCUCUCCCUUCACCGACCUUCUUCUUUCUUCGUCGAGAUUUCCAAAUCCUUGAAAGAACUCACUGAAAUUUGGGUUCUUGGUUUGUUUUCUUCGAUUCCAAAAGGCUUUUGAUUCUUUUACGUAGAUGGUUUUGGAAUCUCGCUGUAACUUUUCUUUUCCGUUUGGGUUUCGCAAAAUUCGUCAAAAAAUUUAAUCAAAUCUCCGUUCUAAGUCCUUCAUUUCUUCGAUCAGAAGCGCACCCACCAUUUUCUCGCGGCUAAUAAAAUUUCUGAACGCCUGCUUCUGGAUCGGUCUUCGGCUGUUCUCUCAUUUGGCUUUUUGCGGAAUUUAUUGCAAAUUCCAUUCUAACUGGCAUUCCCAGUGCCUUUUUAUUCGAUUUGAAAAACACCAAGUGAGCUUUGUUUGGUAAGUAUCUCCACAUGUCACAUUUGGGUCGCUCUUUAGCUAUUUUUAAAAUCUGGGCUGUUGCAGAAAUCUUCCAAAGUCUACUGAAAUUUGGGUUUUUGUAGAAUCUCCAAUUCUCAUUUGGGUAAGACAGAAUUGACACAAAUUUCACCUGGAGUGGAUUUCAGUUCAUCGUAUUCGCCAAUUUAUAGAGUGGCUGCCAAGUUCUUCCGCUCCAAUUCUGCAUGAAAGUGCUUCAGAAUCGUCUGUAUGGAGAAUUCCGAGGCAAACUCUGGCGUCUCGUCUAGUAUGGGUAAAAAUGACGGAGAAUGCCAGGGGGAAGCUAUUGUUGCAGUUUCAGAAGGGGCGGGUUCUUUUCCUGCUGAAGAGGCAUUGUCAGAGUUAUUAAAAAACACGCCUACAAACAUUGCUAGGUUGGAGGAUGUGAUUGAGCAGUGUAAAGGUCGACAGAAAUAUCUUGCGCAGACAAAGAGCUCGUUAGAUGGGGAGGACAUUCGGUGGUAUUUCUGCAAAGUCCCUCUCGCUGAGAAUGAGCUGGCAGCCUCAAUUCCUCGAGCAGAGAUAGUUGGAAAGAGCAAGUAUUUUCGUUUCAGUAUGAGAGAUUCUCUUGCGUUAGAAGCUUCCUUCUUGCAGAGGGAGGAAGAACUGCUUUCUGUCUGGUGGAAAGAGUAUGCAGAGUGCAGUGAAGGUCCAAGUGGUUCUAAUACGAAUUCUGGUGUUACUUCAGAUGCGCAACCAAAAUCGACUUCUUCUGAAGCUAAUAAAUCAACUCAAUUAUAUGACGAAGAGAGAGUUGGUGUCCCUGUUAAGGGAGGACUCUAUGAGGUAGAUUUGGCUAAGCGACACUGCUUUCCUGUUUAUUGGAAUGGGGAAAACCGACGUGUCUUAAGGGGUCACUGGUUUGCUCGUAAAAAUGGUCUCGACUGGCUUCCCAUGCGUGAAGAUAUUGCUGAGCAAUUGGAGUUUGCAUACCGAAGUCAGGUUUGGCAUCGUAGGACAUUUCAACCAUCGGGGCUAUUUGCUGCCCGUAUUGAUUUACAAGGCACUACCCAGGGUUUGCAUGCUCUUUUCACAGGAGAAGAUGAUACUUGGGAGGCAUGGUUGGGCGUUGAUACCUCUGGAUUUUCUAAUGUUAUUGGUUUGAGAGGAAAUCGGGUUAAAGUGAGGCGUGGAUUUUCUACAUCUGGAUCUUUAAAACCAACCCAGGAUGAAUUACGGCAACAGAAAGAGGAGGAAAUGGAUGAUUACUGUUCCCAGGUUCCAGUUCGCCAUCUAGUUUUUAUGGUUCAUGGUAUUGGUCAGAGGUUGGAGAAAGCCAAUUUGGUUGAUGAUGUUAGUGAUUUUCGCCAUAUCACGGCAAGUCUUGCUGAACGACACCUAACUUCAUACCAACGCAACACCCAGAGGGUUCUCUUUAUUCCUUGCCAGUGGAGAAGAGGGUUGAAGCUUAGUGGUGAAAGUGCAGUUGAAAAGAUUACUUUGGAUGGUGUUCGGGGCUUGCGUGUAACGUUGAGUGCUACUGUCCACGAUGUAUUAUACUACAUGAGCCCCAUCUACUGCCAGGAUAUAAUCAACUCGGUUUCCAACCAGUUAAACAUGUUAUACAUGAAAUUUAUCAAGAGGAAUCCAGGCUAUGAUGGGAAGGUUUCCAUCUAUGGCCAUUCAUUGGGAAGUGUUCUUUCUUAUGAUAUUCUCUGCCACCAAGAGAGCUUGUUCUCUCCAUUUCCUAUGCAGUGCCUGUACACGGAAUGUGUGAAAAAUGAAGAAUCAGUCGAUGCAGCCAAUCAAUCUACACAAUCAGAAAACAAAAAUCUUAGGGAGAAUGGUGAAACUUCAAAUGAAUUGCUGGGCGGUGUGGAUGGAGAGAAUUUGAGUCCACACUCGAAUAAGAUUGUUCAGGAAGAAAACACUGAAGAUCAUUCCUUCACUGAAUAUCCUUCUCCCACAUCAGAUGUGGAAGGAGACCCCUCAAAGACAUUUGGCAAUCCAAGUCCUGAAGAAGCUAAUGCAUAUUUCCAACAGAUUGUGGAGUCCAAUGAAUCAAAUGAUGCGUCAUCAUUUGAGGAAGAUGCCCAAAAAUUGGCUAAGGGUUCCAGCAACAUGUUUUCUCAAGAUGGAAAGAGUCUGGAUGAGGGUACAAAUGUAAGUAGUCAAGUUCCAGAUGGUGAUGGCGAUACGUUGGUUGAAGAUACAUCUGAAGAUAUCAGUGACAGAGACAAGCUAAUCACUUUGUUGAUGGAAGAGGUAAAUGCCCUUAAAGCAAGAAUAGCAGAACUAGAAUCAAGAGAUAAUUCUUUGAUCUUGUCUGGUGGAAAGCAAGAUAGCAGUCUGGAAUUUCAUCAAGAAGGUGACAAGGUGGACAGUGGUGCUCCAAGGCAGUCUGUUCCAGGGAAGCCCUCUCCAAAAGAAGAUGAUUCAAGGAAGAGUUACACGCCUCAUAUCAAAUACACUAAGCUUGAGUUCAAGGCUGACACUUUCUUUGCUGUUGGAUCACCCCUCGGAGUCUUUUUGGCUCUUCGCAACAUUCGUAUUGGGAUUGGCAAAGGGCAAGAGUAUUGGCAAGAUGAAAGGAUUAGUGAAGAGAUGCCAGCUUGUCGGCAAAUGUUUAAUAUUUUUCAUCCAUUUGAUCCUGUGGCAUAUAGAGUAGAACCACUUGUCUGUAAAGAAUAUAUCAGCAAACGGCCCGUUAUUAUACCUUACCACAGGGGUGGAAAGAGACUGCACAUCGGCUUUCAGGAGUUCGCUGAAGAUCUAGCUGCACGAUCCCAAGCUGUUGUUAGUAACUUAAGCUCAGUGAAGGUCAAAAUGCUCAGUGUGUUUCAAUCAAGAAAGAAGGAAAAGAUGGAAGCCAUAGAGGAUGUCAAAGUAGUAGAGGAAAGAACGUACGGUUCCAUCAUGAUGGAAAGAUUAACUGGAAGUGAAGAUGGUCAAAUUGAUCACAUGCUUCAAGACAAAACGUUUGAGCAUGCAUACAUCUCAGCUAUAGGGGCACACACAAAUUAUUGGCGGGAUCCUGACACUGCACUUUUCAUACUCAAACACUUAUACCGCAAUAUACCUGAAGAGCCCGAACAACCCAACAGUCCAGGUAGCUCGGGUAAUCACAGAAGACCUGCUGGGCCAAUUUACCAGAGUGAUGCCAUUGAUGAAGAUCUUCCAUUGACAUUCUCUGACAAGGCAUUGAUCAGGGAGUUUUCGAGGAAAGCCAAAAAGGUCGUGCAGAGUCCCUAACAAUGUCAAAGCUCUUCUGCUUAACAGAGUGAAUGUAGCUUAUGUUGCAUCCUUCCCCUUUCCUUCUUCCCUGUAACUAAGCUCGCUUUCUUUUCUCUUGCUUCUUUGGGUAGACAAACGCUAUAUUUCAAAAAAAAAAAAAAAAGUAGAAUGAUAUCCUGAAAGAUAAUGUAUAUACAUAAGGGUCGAGGGAUAUUCAUGUAUAUCUAACAUACCUAAUGAAAAUAUAUGCAUAUGAAAAUGUUAGAAGUUGCA